UAUAGCUAGUAUAGAUAUUUCGCUAACAUGCCUUAAAGAAAAAAGAAAACAAAGAGGCUAUUUUGAUAACGUGGCUUGUUUUGAGCCAAAUGUUCCUCUUUCAUUGUAAUUGUCACUACACGCAAGCACACCUUUUCUCUGUCCCUACUCUCUCUUUGCUCAUCUGUUUCCCUUUCUCUUUCCAAAUAUUUCUUAACCAAUCACAAAGCCUCCAACUUGGCAACUAGCUUGCUCACACAAAACACACACACUCACACUCACACUCACACUCACAAACACUUGCCUGUUGCCUUAUUCUUUCCUUCAAACACAACUAUGCUUCCCUAUAUAUAUAACACACCUUACUCUUCAUUCUCUUAAAACAAACUCUCUCCAAUUACCACUUUACCUCUCAAAACCAUUUUCCACUCUAUCCAACACAUACAUAUGAUAAGUACUAACAACUCUUCCUAUUCACACUCCAUUUCCUCAAAAGAUUUUUCUCCCUUCGACGCAUCAUCACCGGAUUCUGAGGUGCGGUUAGCAUCAAGCAACCCGAAGAAGAGAGCGGGGAGGAAGAUAUUUAAGGAAACUCGUCACCCUGUCUAUAGAGGUGUGAGGAAGAGGAACUUAAAUAAAUGGGUUUGUGAAAUGAGGGAGCCGAACACAAAGAAUAGGAUUUGGCUAGGAACUUUUCCAACAGCCGAGAUGGCAGCCCGAGCCCACGAUGUUGCCGCGAUAGCAUUGAGGGGCCGCUAUGCCUGUCUCAAUUUUGCAGACUCGGUGUGGCGCCUUCCUAUUCCAGCAACUUCCGCGAUAAAAGAUAUUCAAAAGGCAGCUACAAAAGCCGCCGAAGCUUUUAGACCAGACAAUACUUUAAUGACCAGUGACAUUGACACCGUUGUAGCUGUUGUCGCAACACAGGAGCUGAAUAUGUUUCGUGUUGAAGUCGAAGAAGAGGAAGUGUUGAAUAUGCCAGAGUUGUGGAGGAAUAUGGCACUAAUGUCCCCUACACAUAGCUUUGGGUAUCAUGAUCAGUAUGAAGAUAUUCAUAUACAAGACUUUCAAGAUGAUGAGGACUUUAAAAAAAGGUCUGUUACGACGAUCUGGGCUGUGACUUCAAUUGGGGUGCAUUCGCUGCAUUUCACCGUCAUAUCAAGGAUUGUGAUGCGAACCUUGCUUUUAUGUGUCUGAUUUCUGUGUUUUCAUCCUGGCAAGGAAAGCUACAAGAGAAGAAUGAAUGAAAUUUAAGCAGAUGCCAGUAAUUAAUAUCCUCUGCAAUUUCCUCAUGUAUUUGGUUUAGAAAGGGUAUGUUUCUAUCCAUUUGAAAGAAUUAAAACAUUUGAAAGAAUUAAAACUAAGACUCAUCAAUAGACCCUAGUUCGGAAUCUAAAGCAUGCCAAAUUUUAGCUAGGCUUGAUUGCACUUUUUGCCCUAUCUUUUGCUAAUUGUGCGAAUUUGUACCCCCUCUUUUUUUUUUUAGCGAUUUUGUACCCCAUCUUUUGCCCCCUUUCUGAUUAGAUGGACCUUCUUGUGUUUAAUUGCACUUUUACCCCUAUAUUUUGGUUAAUUGUGCGAUUUUGCACCUCAUCUUCUCUUUUUUUGAGUGAUUUUGCACCCCACUUUUUGCCCCCUUUCCCCUCUUUUAAUGAUGAUUUUGAACAAAAACACAAUUGGCAAAAGAUAGGGCGCAAAAUCGCUCAAAAAAAAGAGGGGGUGCAAGAUCUCACAAUUGACAAAAGAUAGGGGAAAAAGUGCAAUUAAGCCUUUUAAUUAUACAUUAAAAAAUGACUAAAGUAAGGACCCGCAAAAGAAAGACUAAGUCAAGUAUUCCUGAUUACCACAUUCAUUUGGCCUUAAAUUCAUUCCAUAUUUAUGCAAUAGAGUGUACCCCAUCCACAAAUAAAAGCAAAAAAAUAUUCUUAAUUUGAUAGUUUAAAACAAAGACAAAUAUGUCAAUUGAUCUUUUAUUAUAAAAGCUUGUUUUACUAUAUUUAAUAUCGUUCACGUAUGUAAACAUGAAUUACAAUAGAUGAGCUAUUCAGUAGAGCUGCAUGUGAGGAGCUUUAAGAAUACUCUAAAAUGACUAAGGUUAAAAUACAAUGUUUAAGCUAGAAUGAAUGAAUCCCCCUUGUGUUAUAAAUGUCCUCUUUUAUUGCUAUCAUUUUCUUGACCUAAUGGCUUCUCUUUAGAUGUCUACACUCAUUAGUGGAUUUUGCUACUCCUUCUCUCUGCAGCUCCUUCGUACAAGACAUGCAGAGCUAGAACACGUGCAGCUUGCGUCACUUGCCCGUGCAGAACACGUGGCAUUCCAUGAAACACAUUUAAUGAGGACCACAACUUUCACUUGGGCAGUAACGUAAGGAAGAAGUGAAACUCUAGUUGACCAGAAUGGUCAAGCUGAGCUAUGCAUGUUGAAGGGUCAAGCUGAGCUAGGCAUGCUGAAGGACCGAGCUGAGCUUAUAAUGCUAAGGGGAUGAGCUGAGCUAGGCAUGAUGAAUGGACAAGCUGAGCUAGGCAUGCUGAAGGGUCGAGUUGAGCUAGGCUUGCUCAAGGGCCAAGCAGGGCUAGGCAUGCUGAAUGGCCGAGCCGAGCUUGGCAUGUUGAAGGAUCGAGAUGAACUUGGCAUGUUGAAUGGUCGAGUUGAGCUAUGCAUAUUGAAAGGACAAGCUCGACCUUAACGAUCAAGCUUAGCUAAGCACGCUGAAGGGGGAUCUCCUGUGACCUGACUGCUCAACAUGAGCUGGACAAGUUGAAUAGUCAAAGUAUAAUAAAUUCCAUGUUUGUUCUUCGUAGGGUCAACCUAUACUAGUCCACAGCCCACCAUGGGUUAAGCCAUCAAGCCCAAUACAUUUGUUUUUCAUAGGGUUUAGCUACACCGGUCCAAAUACUAUUAUUAUUAAAAAAUUAUCAUUUGAGAUUUACUCAUAUCCUUUUCUUCCUUUCAUUUGUUGUUUUCUUUUUAAGAAUACACUCCUUACUUAAGAGGUAUACCACAUGAGUUCAACCAAGAACUAAUAGGUAUCACAAUCUUAUCAACAAAAAUGUCAUCUCUGCUAAAUCUCUCAUGUAAUCUAGAAAGUUUAUUUUCA